UCAGUAGCUACCAGAAGAAGAUUCUAAGCACCGCAUCAUUAGACCGAUUAAUAUUAAUUCCAAUAGCUUUAAUAUCUAAGAAAUGUAUAUAUUUAAAUUUUGAAACCCGUUUGCGGAAUUUUGUGGCUUUAUUUUUUGUGUAGUCUCAACAAUUUCAAUUCGCAAUGAAUAAUGAAUUCGUCGGAGGGAAUCAUUAAACAAGAUUUUAGCUAAUUAAUUAAUCAACUUUAUAUAAGUAGCUGCAUCAUCAGCUCAAUGUGUCCAGAUAAACUCCAGAGCGUGUCCAGUUUUUUUUUUGGCAAAUUUGCCAGCUGAAAGUGUUUGUUGGCUCUUACGUCAUCAACGUGUUCUGUCUGCCUGUCUAACAGCUUGUCUGGCCAAUUGUUUAUUUAACUGACGCUCUCAAUCUCUGCUCCUCUCUAUGUCUCUCUUUCUUUCUCUCUCGCGCUGCAAAAACCGGCAUGCGCUGCGUAGACGCGGCGUAUGAGCAAUGCUCGCAGUCGCAGUCGCUGCUGACGCCAGCGUCGCUGUCAGCUGCUCAGCUGUUGGCGCUCGAUGCUUGGCGCAAAAAGUGCUCAUAACAAAGCCAAAGCUGGUGCGAGAAAGUUGUCGGUUCGCGUCUAAAACGAGCAAAGAAAAAAAAAUAAACAGUUAGCAAUUUAGAUAAAAAUUCCAUUUCAAAUUCACAAACAUUAAAAUUGCCAUGCUAAACAAAAGCAACAACAGCAAACACUGUGACAAUAAUCAAUUUAUACAUUUAAAAACUACAUUGAAAAUAUAAAAAAAAACAUUUGCACACACUUAAAUUAACUUCAAGUUGAUAGCAAAACAAAAACAAAUAGAAAAAAAACUUUUGGCCAACAUGUUGUUUGCAUCGGUUGUGGUGUGUCAAGUGGAGAAAUUGUUGUGCACACCCAUCAGUUUUGCGGUGUUUGCCUUUCUCUUCAUGGCCUGCACCAUGGAGGUGGUGCUGCUGAAGAUGACCACCAGUGCUCAUGUCUUUGGACGACCGCCCAACCAGGAGGAUUGGGAUGAUGGCCGUGAGCACGAGGAGGAUAUCUACUAUGAGAAUCUCGAGAAUAAUUACGAACAUUGGGCACGCAGGCGUAGGAGAUAUCAUCAGCGACAACAACAGCUGCUGAUGGCGCAACAACAAAUGGAACAGCAACAGCAACAACAACAACAAUAAUGAUAAUAGUAUAUAGCAAUUUAGAUACUAUUUGUAUAUAUAUAUAUAUGUAUACGACUGAGUUUUCACUAAUUAGUCCAAAUUUCUAUGCAAAGUGCAAAAGUUAACGAUGUUUACAAUAUAUAUUUAAGUACUCGUAGUUUUUGGUACUUCAACGUCUUUCUCUAUCAAUAUGUGUAAGAAAAAAGCAAUUGCAAAAUUUUCUGCCAAUUCAUUGGAACCAAAAA